CUAAGAAAACGCUUUUCAUUUCGGCGCUUGUGGUGCUUGGUCCGAGAACUCGACUCUUCGUCCUUUAGCGAGGAUAUUUGCAUCAAAAGCCUGCCGUAGUAUCGUACCUAAGUCUGCUUUACGAGAAAAUAGUGGAUCAAGCCUUAUACGUGGAAUGGAUUGUGUGAAUCGGAGUAUCUCUUCGUCUGAAGUCAGUGAUAGUCCAAGAAAGGCGGAGGAGUUGAUCAAAACCCUUCCGGGGUCAGACCCAAGUAAGACCAUCAAUGUGGCCGUCUCGUCAAGAGCCCUGUUUGACCUGGAUGAAGAAAAUGAUCUGUUUGAAAAGAAGGGUUUAGAGGAUUAUAUAGCCUUGCAAGUCCGUAGAGAAGACAACAUGCUAAAGCCUGGUUCAGCAUUCCCAUUUAUUAAGGCCCUUGAGAAUGUAAACCGGAAACUUCGAGAGAAAGACCCAAAGGAGCAAGAGAUUUUUAGUAUUGUUCUGAUGUCCCAUAACAAUGCUCAAGUCGGAAUAAGGCUGCAGAAAUCAAUUGAUCACAAUGGUCUCAUGAUAUCCAGGAUGGCUCUUACAGGUGGCAAAAGCCCUGUGAAAUAUCUUGAAGCUUUUAACAUCACAUUAUUUCUCACUUCAUAUAAAGAGGAAGUGACUGAUGCCAUACAGCAGGGGUUCCCAGCUGCUCAUAUGUCAACCCAAACUAUAAGAUCUCCAAGCGAGACACAGCUCCGUGUGGCGUUUGAUCUUGACGCUGUUCUCUUUUCUGACGAAUCUGAGAAAAUCUACAAGGAGAAGGGCUUGCAAGGGUUCCUAGAAAACGAGAUAGAACACAGGGAUAUCCCCCUUUCCGAGGGUCCUCUAAAACGCUUUGCAGAGGCACUUGGACGUAUGCAAAAGAAGUUUGAACGCCAGGAUAUCAAUAAUUGCCCAAUCAGAACCUACAUUGUAACAUCACGUGAUGCUAUUGUUGGUCAGCGGGCGCUCAAGACAUUACGUCAUUGGGGCCUGGAAAUCGACGAGUGUUUCUUCAUGGCAGGCGCCCCAAAGGAUGGGGUACUGGCAGCUAUAAUUCCCCACAUAUUCUUUGAUGAUCAGAUCUCCCACAUUUCCCAGGCGCGGGAGAAAGGGACCCCUUCCGCCCAUGUGUCAUAUGGUGUGUCACGUGACUACGAGAAAGAGAAAAUGAAAUCUGCUAAAAAGGACCUCAAGUUUUAGCCACAGAGGUGUUGAAGGGGAUACUAUGGUCAUAUAUACACUAGAAAUCAUAUAAUUACAUGAUUAUCAAAAUAUUAAAGGUUUUACAUCAAAA